AUGGAAAAGCACCGAGUAAGUAUUCCUUACGAACGCAGAAGACAGUUCAGCAAUGCCAGAUAUCUGCUUUUCUGCUCAUUAGCCUUCCUCUGUUUAACCCCUUUUUACUUUGGCCCGUCACUACGCUCGCAAGCUAGGCAUUGUUUGAACAGAUCACGCAAUAAUCAGCCAUACUCUGAUGAUCCAGAGAAAUGGUGCCCCUUACCAGAUAUCAUAGCCCCCAAAGACGACGGUCUCGAGCCGAGUGAACAUUUUAUGAGCUCUCAGCAGUUACAACUACAGGUCCAACGCCUUUCCGCAGCUAUACGCGUUCCAACCGAGAGCUACGAUGAUAAUGGUAAUGUCGACGAGGAUCCUCGCUGGGAAACGUUCCAGGACUUCCACCAGGUGCUGAAACAAUUAUUCCCGCUUGUGCACUCGCAACUUGAGCUUCGCAAGGUAAAUCGCCACGGUCUUUUAUAUACGUUUAGAGGUGAGAAUACUUCUAAGAAGCCUAUUCUGUUGACGGCACAUCAAGACGUCGUCCCUGCGGGCACUGCUUCCCGUUGGACAUAUCCGCCAUAUGAAGGGCAUUUUGAUGGGUCUUUUAUAUGGGGCCGAGGAGCGGCUGACUGUAAGAACGUCCUCAUCGGUAUCCUCUCGGCUAUUGAGGAUCUACUCUCGCAAUCCUUUGUGCCUCGCCGCACUAUCGUACUCGCUUUUGGGUUUGACGAGGAGACAGGCGGUAUCAGAGGCGCGGCCGCAUUAAACCAAUCUCUGGUUGAAGAAUGGGGUCUGGAAUCAUUCUUGUUUGUUUUGGACGAAGGUGGCAUGGGGAUACAGAGUCAAGGGGAUGUUCUCUAUGCUUAUCCUGGCGUAGGGGAGAAGGGUUACUACGAUAUCCAACUGACACUUGAGGUUAAGGGCGGCCACAGCUCAAGACCCCUGAGGCAUACCGGUAUUGGUAUCAUGGCAGAUGCAAUCGUAGCGUUGGAAAACGAGCCGUAUGCUCCCCGUUUAACACAUUCAAGCCCGUUCCGCAGGGUAUUAGAAUGCAGAACGAGAUACUCUCCCGGGGCAGUUCAACCAUGGUUACGUGAUGCACUUCUUAGCGGAGAUGAGUACGAAAUUGCCGAGAAGCUCGCCGAAGAAGAAACAGAAGAGAAAUGGCUGGUUCAAACAAGCCAGGCAGUCGACGUCAUCAACGGAGGCGUUAAAGUCAAUGCUCUGCCCGAGAGUAUUGAAUUCCAAGUGAACCAUCGCGUAGCGCUACAUGAAUCCGACCAGUACAUCGACAACCACGUCCGAAGAGUGCUGGACCCUGUGAUACGGAAAUAUGAGCUUGAGUUUCAGGUUGAAACUCACAACACCUCGCAUACAGAGGACUCGGAACUAGAAAUCACUUCAUCUGGAAUCUUAAAGAUGAAAAGGCUACAGAUAAUUGAUAUAGCCCCAAUAUCAGCAACUGAUAAUGGCGUAUGGAGUGUCUUUAGCGGUACUAUACGGCAUGUAUGGAGUACAGAAAGGGGACAGGACAAAAUUGUUGUCCCGGCUGGGAAUAUAAUGACGGGAAAUACGGAUACUGUUCAUUAUUGGAAUCUUACGGACAAUAUAUACAGAUUCACCCCAUCCAGAAAUGGAACGAGGUUGAACCAGCACGGGAUCGACGAGCGGAUGGGGCUAACUGCUCACUUGGAAGGCAUGAGGUUAUAUUACGACUUGAUCCGGAAUUUUGAUAGCUGGGACGGCGCAUGA